GUUACAGGGGCGGGUGUUUUUUCGCUGCACUUCUUUUCGUGAAUCUGCUUCCCUCCCACCACCCUCAUCACCCCUCCCCCACCCUCCCCUCCUUCCCUCCCCUAAUUUCUACCCUAAUUUCUAAUUUCCUCCCUCCUUUCUGCCUUGGCUCCCUGCCCUGUGCGUAGUGCCUUCCUUUCUCUAUCUCUUAGCCAACCAGGAGCCGUGUAACUCCCUCCCCGCCGGUCCGCAAGCAUGGCGACAGAAGCAGUGGUGGCCGUAGAGGCGCCCGCCGGGGGAGCCAACGACGUGAAGCUCUUCGGCAAGUGGUCCUUCGCAGCGGAAGACAUCACGGUUAACGACUUGUCGCUGGCCGACUACAUCGCCGUCAAGCAUGCCAUCACCGUGCCGCACACUGCCGGCCGCUACUCCGCCAAGCGCUUCCGCAAGGCGCACUGCCCGAUCAUCGAGCGGCUGACGAACUCGCUGAUGAUGCACGGGCGCAACAACGGCAAGAAGCUGAUGGCGGUGCGCAUCGUGAAGCACGCGAUGGAGAUCAUCCACCUGCUCACGGACCAGAACCCCAUCCAGGUCAUCGUCGACGCCAUCGUCAACAGCGGGCCGCGCGAGGACGCGACGAGGAUCGGGUCGGCGGGUGUCAUUCGCCGCCAGGCCGUCGAUAUCUCGCCGCUGCGACGAGUCAACCAGGCCAUCGCGCUGCUGACGACGGGGGCGCGCGAGGCGUCGUUCCGCAACGUGAAGACGAUCGCGGAGUGCCUGGCGGACGAGCUCAUCAACGCCGCCAAGGGCAGCUCCAACAGCUACGCCAUCAAGAAGAAAGAUGAGAUUGAGCGCGUCGCCAAGGCCAAUCGUUAAACAGUGCUGGCUUUUCUUCGUGUCUUCAACUCCCAAGCUCCCAAUAGUGCUCGCCUCCUGCCUAUAGCGCUGUGCUUGUCGCUGUGAUCACACAAGAUAGGCUGCUUCAGCGUUGCAUAGAUAAGCCAUGUGAAGCAUUGUGUCUGGUAUUUGGAAUGCAAGUGGAUUUCUGAUAUGAAACUUACGAACCUUGAGAUUAGGGGUUGUGCGUAGAAGACAGCUUUGUGCAUACAGCGUUGUUUCGCAUUGAAGUCAACAACCGUAGUACACUCCCACCCGUUGU